CAAAUCUUCCCACCAUGGCUGUCAUGAAAUUUUUUAUUGUUCCCCUUAUUUUGAUUGCUUUCAUGUCUCAUCUAUGUGAGAGCUUUGAAUUGGAAAGAAAGGAUUUUGAAUCUGAAAAAAGCCUAAUGCAACUCUACAAGAGAUGGAGUAGCCACCAUAGAAUCUCAAGGAAUGCAAAUGAGAUGCACAAACGCUUCAAAGUGUUCAAAGAUAAUGCAAAACAAGUGUUCAAAAAGAACCAAAUGGGAAAAUCAUUAAAAUUGAAGCUUAACCAAUUUGCUGAUAUGUCUGAUGAUGAGUUUCGUAGCAUACAUAGUUCCAAUAUUACUCACUACAAAAACUUACAUGCCAAGACAAUUGGUCGUGUCGGUGGAUUUAUGUAUGAACAUGCAAAAGAAAUUCCAUCUUCAAUCGAUUGGAGGAAAAAAGGAGCUGUGAAUGCCAUAAAAGAUCAAGGCAGAUGUGGAAGUUGUUGGGCGUUUGCAGCUGUGGCUGCCGUGGAAUCUAUUCACCAAAUAAAAACAAAUGAGUUAGUAUCUUUGUCAGAGCAAGAGGUGGUGGAUUGUGAUUAUAAAGACGGUGGUUGUCGUGGGGGACAUUAUAACUCUGCAUUUGAGUUCAUAAUGGAAAACGAUGGAGUCACAGCUGAGGAUAACUAUCCAUAUUUUGAAGGAGAUGGAUAUUGUCGUAGACGAGGAGGUUAUAAAGAGAGAGUGACAAUAGAUGGAUACGAGAAUGUACCUCGAAACAACGAGCAUGCUUUGAUGAAAGCAGUGGCACACCAACCAGUAGCAGUGGCUAUAGCCUCAGGUGGAUUUGAUUUUAAAUUUUACGGGCAGGGAAUGUUUACCGAAGAAAACUUUUGUGGAUAUAAUAUUGACCACACAGUAGUGGUAGUUGGGUAUGGAACCGAUGAAGAUGGAGAUUAUUGGAUAAUAAGGAACCAAUAUGGAACUCAAUGGGGAAUGAACGGUUAUAUGAAGAUGCAGCGAGGAGCACGAAACCCACAAGGUGUAUGUGGAAUGGCAAUGCAACCUGCCUAUCCUGUUAAAUACUAGAUUUCCUCUUUUUAAUUUAACCUCUUAUUAGAAUUGGGUGGCUAGCUAGGUUUUUAUUCCUUUGCUAUUUUUGAAAAUAACGUAGCUAGCUAGGUCUUUAUUUAUUUGCAAUUUUUGAAAAUAAUGCAGCUAGCUAGGUUUUUAUUUGUAAUUUGCUAUUUUUAGCAAUUCUUAUAUAAAUAAAUAAGACACUUUUUUUUAUUCA